GAUCCUAAAACAUGUUAUUUCACCUUAUCUCAGUUCUGAUCAAUCUAGAUUUCAGUUGAACUUAUGAACAGUAUGAAUAACAGCAAUAAAGAAAAAUUACAAAAGAUUCUUUAUUUACAAUUACAGACAGCCGAUAAAACAGACAAUUUAUUAGUGUCUGUAGUAUAUAUAUGUUAUCCCUGGAGUGUAGAGACGAUAGUUGAACAUGAACAUCGUGAAAUCCAUAAUGACGCGUGUACCUUAUAUUAAGAGCCAAACAUCCCACUCAGUUUAGAUACUAUUGUGUGAAUGGAUUAAUGAAAAAAUGGGUGAUUUAUUGUGCAUAUAUAGUGACAGGUGUGCCGUAGGAAGAGGGAGUUCUUAAGCAAACAGCACCAAACUGAAUGUUCCUAUAUUGACAGUGACACUGCCUUCUUUUAGCACUGGGCAGAAAAAGCUUUAUGGACCACAGCGACACCAAGCGGUGAAACUGCGAAACGACCACGCUUCGCCUCAACGAGCGGACGUGGUAAUGAAGCACAGCGCCACCCUGUGAGUCUGGCUGGAAAAACCGUCUGAGUUGGGGUAAAUUGUUAGCAAUUUCUUGAAAACACAUGCGUCUCGCGGCCAAUACCGUCGAUUCCCAUUAGCAUUAUGUUUAGCGUCCGUUGUAAUUCGCGGUGGCCGUGAUACUACCGGGUGCUUCGGUCGGCUAAAACCAAUAGCCUCCCAGAUAGGGCGCAUCGCCGGCAGCCAAAAAACAUCCCGUUUGUCCUGGAAAACGGCACGGACGUGGACCGCGAAGGAUGUCAGCUAUUAAAAGCCACGUUUGACGGGACUAUCUGUUGUGGAAAAGUCCGAAAAGGACUGAACGGGUCACCCCCCCAGGGAUCCGUAUGCCGCCGCCUGCGCUGUAGCUAGCAGACAGUUCGCAGCCGUCUAAAUUUAGCCUCUUCAGCUUCUGGACAGGGAGUUUUUUCUGCUUCCUAAUAUCGACAUUCUUUCGAAAUUUGAAGGGCCAUGGAUUUCCCAGGCCACUUUGAGCAGAUCUUCCAGCAGCUCAACUACCAGCGCGUCCACGGCCAGCUGUGCGACUGCGUCAUCGUGGUGGGCAGCCGCCACUUCAAAGCCCACCGGUCAGUGCUGGCGGCCUGCAGCACCCACUUCAGAGCGCUGUUCACCGUUGCCGAGGGGGACGCCAGCAUGAACAUGAUCCAGCUGGACAGCGAGGUGGUGACGGCCGAAGCCUUCGCCGCCCUGGUGGACAUGAUGUACACGUCCACGCUGAUGCUGGGGGAGAGCAACGUCAUGGACGUCCUGCUGGCCGCCUCCCACCUGCACCUCAACAACGUGGUCAAGGCCUGCAAGCACUACCUGACCACGCGCACUCUGCCGCUGUCCCCCUCGUCCGAGCGGCCGGCCCACCACCGCCCCCAGCAGGAGCAGCAGAGGCACCGGCAGCCGCCCCCGCCGCCGCCGCCGGCCGACCUGGCGGCCACGCAGAGCCUGGCCAGCAGCGCCGGCCUCGCCGCCACCUCCAAGCUGCAGCGCUCCUUCCUGCUGCAGCAGCUGGGGCUCAGCCUGGUCAGCUCGGCUCUGGGCGGGAUGGAGGAGGACGGGCCGGGCGGCCGGGCGGUGGAGCAGAGGGCCUCCUUCCCCAUCCGCCGCUUCCACAAACGCAAGCCCUCCCUCGCGCCGGGGCUCUCGGACGAGAGGCCCAGACAGAGGCCGCGGCCCUCGGCGCCGGGCCUGGGUCUGCUGGGGCAGGACGGGGGGAACGCGGAGCGGGAGGACGGAGCCCUCCUCUCGCCCGACUCCCACAAGAUGGGGGACGAGUCCAAGCUGGAGCCCAAAGCCGCCGGGCUGGCAUCGGUGUCCCAGCAGGAUGACCCUCAGAUGCCCAGUCAGUCAGACAGCGGACACUGUGAGGGGGAGAGCUCGGGGAGGAUGCAGGGAGUCGUGAACAAGGAAGAGGAUGUGAGCGACCAGGAUCACCAGGACAACAGGGCAGGGGUCAAGAUGAAACCGGGCAAGGAGGAAGAAGAGGUCGAAGAAGACGAACAGAAGGUGAUGGUGAAGCGCGAGCCGCUCAGCUCGCCCGAGGCGGCCGACGAAAACAGCGACGUGACGUCGCCGGCGGAGGGCAGCGACCCGGCCGAGCCCGGCUGCCAGGAGGAGGAGGAGGAGAAGGUGGAGCUGAGCCCGGAGAGCAGCGACCGCAGCUUCACCUCCGAGCCCCAGCCCAGCUCCGGCCCCCUGCUGCAGGCCGGCCCCCAGCUGCUCCUCAAGGCCGGCGGCGGCAUGGGCGGCGGCAUGGGCGGCAGGGCGGGGGGGUUCGGCUGCGGCGGCAAACCUGGUUUCAACAUCUCCAGUUUCCUCGGCCCCAAGGACUUUGGGGGCGGCGGGUCCGGGCUGGCCGCCGGGGAGGACGACCUCCCCAACACCACGACCGGAGACGUGGCCGCCGCUCACCACUUCCUCCUGAGGCAGGACGCCGUCCGGCCGCCCGGCUCCGCCCCUUCCUCCCUCCUGCAGCCGGGCCCGCUGGACGGCGAGCGGCGCGGCGGCUUCGGGAACAGCCUGCAGGCGGAUCCUCUGUUCCUGCGGCCCCUGCACGACGGCCUGGGGAGCCCCCGAGGAAACGGCGGCGGCGGCGGUGGGGGGCGAGGAGGGGUGGACCCCUUCGGGCUGGACUUCCAGCGAUCCAGCCUGGGCCUUCACUCCCUGGGCCGCUCCUCCAGAGGGCCGGGGGGGGCCACCGCCGCCGCUCUGGGUUAUCCCAGCUACAGGCGCAUCGCCCCCAAAAUGGCCCCCGGCAUGGCGGGCGAAGAGGGAGUGGGCGGCGCUCUUCAGGACGUCGCCUCUUCGUCCUCCUCUUCCUCCAGCCUGGCCAGUCCGCUGCUCCUCAACGAGAGCGGGGGCUACGAGAUGGGCGUCGGCAGGCCCACCUCCCUGCCCCCCCAGCUGACCAGGGCCUCCGCCGACGUCCUGUCCAAGUGCAAGAAGGCGCUCUCCGAGCACAACGUGCUGGUGGUGGAGGGGGCGCGCAAGUACGCCUGCAAGAUCUGCUGCAAGACCUUCCUCACCCUGACCGACUGCAAGAAGCACAUCCGGGUGCACACAGGGGAGAAACCCUACGCCUGCCUGAAGUGCGGGAAGCGCUUCAGCCAGUCCUCACACCUCUACAAGCACUCCAAGACCACCUGUCUGCGCUGGCAGAACAGCAACAUGUCCAACACUCUGCUGUAG